CGAAAGUAUUUCCGACGGUCCCUGAAGGCAGCGCGUAGGACAAGCCCUUCACAUCCGUGACGUCAAUUUUAUCCGACGCGAAUACGAAUCGUGCUUUGAGGAUCGGAUCAGAUAUUUAACAUACGUGCGGACAAUGAACCUAAAACCUGGCUGGCUGCUGCUUCUAUCCAUCUGUGUUGGGGUCUGGUCAGUGCCUAUUGAUCGCAAUGUAGAUAACCAGGAAGCUAAAGAGGAAGUGCCGGAAGAGAACGUGGACACUGGCCUGUACUAUGACAGGUAUCUCAGAGAGGUAAUAGAGGUUUUGGAGACAGACCCUCACUUCAGGGAGAAACUGCAGACAGCAAACACAGAGGACAUCAAGAAUGGCCGUCUCAGUAAAGAGCUGGAUCUGGUUGGUCACCAUGUGAGGACUCGCCUGGAUGAGCUGAAGCGUCAGGAGGUUUCUCGCCUCCGGAUGCUACUCAAGGCCAAAUUGGACAGCACCAAUACACAAAGCCUGCAGAUGGAUCACACCUCCCUACUGAAGCAAUUUGAACAUCUGGAUCCCCACAAUCAAAACACCUUCGAGGCCAAAGACCUUGAGCUGCUGAUCUCAACGGCCACAAAGGACCUGGAGAACUACGAUGCCGAGAGACAUGAGGAGUUUAAGCGAUACGAGAUGCUGAAGGAGCACGAGAGACGGGAGUACCUGAAGGGCCUGGACCAGGAGAAGAGGGAGAGAGAGGAGAAGAGAAUGCAGGAGCUUAAGGACAAACACCGCCAGCACCCCAAAGUCAAUGCUCCAGGUAGUGUUGCCCAGCUACGGGAAGUUUGGGAGGAGACAGACGGACUGGAUCCUAAGGAGUUCAACGCUAAAACGUUUUUUAAACUGCAUGAUACAAAUGAAGAUGGUGUUUUAGAUGAGCAGGAAUUGGAGGCUCUUUUUACUAAAGAGCUGGAGAAGGUCUACGACGCAAAGAAUGAGGAAGAUGAUAUGAUGGAGAUGGAGGAAGAAAGGCUGAGGAUGAGGGAGCAUGUCAUGAAGAAUGUGGACGCAAAUAAAGAUCGUCUCGUCAGCCUGGAAGAGUUCCUUAAAUCCACGGAGAAGAAGGAGUUCAGUAAUCCCAGAGAGUGGGAGACUUUGGAAACUAAACCAGCAUACACAGAGGAAGAGCUACAGCGAUUUGAGGUUGAACUAAGGGACAAAGAGGAGGAGCUGAAGAAGAAGGCAGAGAAUCUGCGGCAGCAGCAGGAGCUGCUGAAGGAGAGAGGCAAAGCCCUGGAGGUACAAAGGAAAGACUACCAGCAGGCAGUAUUAGAGAUGUCCCAGAGAAAGAAACAGCAGGCAGCAGAUGGGCAGCCUCCUGCGGGUCCUAAUGGAGAACUUCAAUUUCAACCAGAGGCACAAAAAGUGGAAGAUAAAGAGAUAAAAGCCCCUGUUGAACUCCAAGCUGAGGCCCCGAAUCAUCUGCCUGCUGAGCCUCCACAGAAUCUGCCUUUACACACUUAAUGCACGCUCUGACAGCCUUAUUUAACACACACACACACACACACACACACACACACACACACACACACACACACACACACACACACACACACACACACACACAAAUACAAAUACAAACACUCCAAUCUGCACUGACACACAUAUCCAGAUGGGUUCUACAAACUCAAUUACGUGAACUGGAUGUAAAUUCAGACAGACUUGCCUUGUGAAUCAUGACAUAUCGUGCUGUGUGUUCAUCUCUGUGGUCUACAUUAGAUUUAAAGAUCUAAAAAAAAACUAUAUGUAUUUUCAGAAAUCUGCAGUUUCUGAGAAGUUUUAAUUAAUGCCGGGUGUAAGUGUAAUGUCAAAAAUCUUCAAAUAAAGUAAUUUAAAACCUCUAACCAAA